AUGGAAAAGGGAAUUAGAAACGGUCUGCUCUUCGCUCUUACUGUGCUAAUUAUAUUUCACCACUGUGACGAAUGCACUGCUGAUGGGGGGGAUACUCUCUCCUUGGGUGCCUCACUAGGAGAAAAUCAGACAGUAAUUUCAAAGAGUGGAACGUUUGCAUUGGGAUUCUUCAGCCCAAAUGGAACCUCCAACUGGUAUAUUGGCAUCUGGUAUGCUAAAGUGGCACAGAAGACGAUUGUGUGGGUGGCUAACAGAGAGACUCCGGCAAAGAAGAGACCUGGCGUUUUGAAGCUGUCAACACAAGGUGGUCUGGGACUCUUUGACGCAGAGGGUGCGUCUCUUUGGUCGGUUAACAUGUCCAACAAGGCUUCCCGGGCUGUGAUAUUAGAUUCUGGCAAUUUUGUAGUGCUGAGCGGUGGCAUUAAAUCUGAGAUGGUUUGGCAGAGCUUCGACCAUCCCGCCGAUACCUGGUUGCCAGGGAUGAAGAUCGGAGGAAAGAAAAAGCUUGUCAGUUGGAAGAACUCAUUGGAUCCAGCUCCGGGGCUUUUUUCUCAUCAGAUGGACCCGUCAGGGAUCAGACAAUUUGUGAUGAGAUGGAAGAAUUCUGUACAGUACUGGGAGACCGGAGCUUGGGACGGCAAACGUUUCAGUCAUCUUCCGGAAAUGUCGUUGAAAGGAUCAUUCAUUUACAGCGUUGAAAAUACUACCUCUGACUUUUAUAUCAGCUAUGCAUUGUCUCCUGCUCUCAAAGUGCUCACACGUUUCGUCGUACACAAAUCCGGACUAUUUCAAUUAUAUGCCUUGUUUGAUAACACUACAUGGAGUGCGACCUCCUCACAACCCAGAGAUCAAUGCAGCGUAUAUAAUGUAUGUGGCGCUUACGGAAUCUGCAACUCCAACAAUGCUCAGUUCUGCAUCUGUGUGGAGGGCUUCAUCCCAAGAAACGAUCGCUCCUGGAGUUUGCAGGAUUGGUCCUCAACUGGCUGUGUUCGACAGAUCCCGUUAAAUUGCGAUGCCAGAAAUGGAAGCUCUGACGGAUUUGUCGUCUCAAGUGUAACGUUGCCUGAUAAUCAAGCUUCCUCAUACCCUGCAUCCACAAAGAAAGAUUGCGAGAAAGCGUGCCUCCAUAACUGCGCCUGCACUGCUUUCACUUUCAAUCCGCCAUCAGGACCAUGCCAAAUGUGGUCUGGAGAUUUGCCGAGCAUGCGCAAUUCUUCAUCAGAAAGCAAUUCAGACGUCUUUAUUCGAUUAGCUGCCUCUGCACUUACGAAGUUUGAUCAUCAACGGUCAUCCUCCAAACGCCAAACAACAGUAAGUAUUGUGGGUGCAGUGCUUGGCGUUGUUGGUGCUCUUGGAAUUGCUUUGUGUAUCUAUUCAUUUUUGAUGUGGCAGAGGUAUCGGCUACGAUCGAUGCAAAAGCGUGCAGAUUCCUCCAAUUUCUUUCUUAAAAUGUUUAGUUAUAAGGAGUUAAAGAUUGCAACGAGCAAUUUCAGGGCUAAGCUGGGAAGUGGAGGAUUCGGCUCAGUGUUCAAAGGAACUCUAACAGACGGCACGCUUGUAGGCGUAAAGAAAUUGGAGGGUGGCUCAGGACGAGACGAGAAGCAAUUCCGAGCGGAGAUAAGUUCUCUUGGAAACAUACAGCAUGUGAAUUUGGUCAAGCUUCUAGGAUUUUGUGCACAAAGAUCGCAGAGGCUACUGGUUUACGAGUACAUGUCCAACGGCUCUCUGAAUUCCUUACUUUUCAGUGGCAACACUGAAAGUAAACGGAAAGUGCUCGACUGGAAGACCCGAUUUGAGAUCGCGCUAGGCACUGCAAGAGGGUUACUUUAUCUCCAUGAAGAAUGCAGAGAUCGCAUCAUCCAUUGCGAUGUUAAGCCCGAAAACAUUCUUCUGGACAGCGAAUUGUCCCCAAAGCUCGCUGAUUUUGGGAUGGCAAAGCUUGUGGGUAGAGAUUUCAGCCGCGUCCUGACCACUACAAGAGGAACGAGAGGGUACUUAGCCCCAGAGUGGCUCUCUGGUCUUCCCAUCUCUCCCAAGGUUGACGUCUACAGUUUUGGUAUGACACUCUUGGAAAUCAUUUCGGGCCGAAGAAAUUUGGACACGAGCGUGCAAGAUCCAAACAAGCAUUACUUUCCCUCGUGGGCCGUAGCGCAGAUUUACGAGGGGAAUACAGUGAAUAUUGUGGAGGAGGGUGUUGUAGUUGCAGAGGAGGCAGAUAUAGAAGAGGUAAGAAGAUCUAUUGCUGUAGCUUUCCUGUGCAUUGAAAAGGAUGAGAAUGUGAGGCCAAGCAUGGGACAAGUGGUGCGGAUGCUGGAAGGGAAGAUGGACCCUCCAACUUCUCAGACUCCGAGGGAUAACCAUAGCGACGACGAUGUUAUUACUUGCAAUAAUGUAAAUGUAAGUGGGGAUGCAGUUUAA